AUGACUGAACUAAACAUCGAUUUGCAUUCUUUACCAGAUCAUUGUGUGCAAUUUAUACUAGACCUCUUAUCAUUCCGUGUACUCCAGAGCUUAGCUUCGAAUGGCACUUCGCCAUUUCAAACUAAAAUAUUGAGGUCAAUCUACAAAGUAGUAGACAUAGGCUACGGGUACAACCGUAAACUUGACUUGGAAUACCUAAAGCUGCAUGAACUCUUCGGCUCGAGAAACGAAAUAUCAGCGCAGCUUAAGUCAUGUCAAGCAUUCCAACAACUUCUAGACCUGAAUCGCCAAAUUCGUGUUCAGGAGGUGCGUAUAAUGUCCGUGCCAGCUCCUAGAUUCAUUCCCAACCUUCAUGAAUUGGAUUCAGUGGAAAGGAUUUUCGUCAACUUGGCUAACUUGGAUAACUUCAGAAAGGGAGAGAGAAACGCCUUGAGAUACCUUCCUGACAACGUGUAUAUGGUGGUAACAGAUUAUUAUCCAGAAAUGCUAUUUCCACAAAACCUUAGGAAACUUGAAUUGUCGUUAUGGGACGCGAUGACUGUCGAAAACCUACCACCUAGGUUACAGUUUUUGUCUAUUGCACAACGUAGCGGAGAACCACUGAUGUCUUUACAACAACUUGGACGUUUACCUCAGACGCUCAAACAUCUCAUACUUCUAAACUGCAUUGAUAUGAGCCAUGAAGAUGGCGAAUGCAAGUUAGACUUGCCUCUUUCAUUGUGCGCCCUUAAGAUCUCAACUGGUUAUUCCGGCAAUGCUUGUCUAGACAUUUCCCAUUUGAAAAACUUGCAAAGAUUCAGUGUUUAUUUACCUGUCUUGCCAUUGUCCUUCUUCAAAUUGCCACCUCUGAUUUUGAAACUAUGCUAUGAAUCCGAAAGGGGGUUGUCUUGUUCGGAACAGAUCAGUAAGCUUAGUCUUUUGAAUAAUGUUCAGCUCCAGCUUGGUAAUGUUAAAUCAAAAAUACGCUUUUCAAAUAGUGUCAACAAUGUGUGUCUAAAGUCAGGUCGCUUCGGUUCCAAGCCUGUAGGGGAUUGUAUAGAGCUUCCAGAACAAUUGAAAUUCCUUGAGUUCCAGAAUUGUUCAGGCUUACGACUUACCAGUAAUCACGCAUACAUGACCUCUUUGACUAUAUUUUCCUGUAAAGUAAUAUCAUUACCAGUGAUAGAUAGUUUGAAAACCUUGAAAAUUAUUAAUCUUAGAAACCAAAUUAAGUUUUGGGAUACCAUAGAUAAGUACUUUCCAGAGUUGUUGUGGUUGGAGGUCGAGAAUUCUCAAUUAGAAUCAGUUCCGCUGAUACCAUGCCAACUAGAGACUCUUAUAUUAGACCACAACCUAAUUCAGGAGUUCCACCUCCGUGUACCACCUAGUCUAACCAGUAUAUCCAUGGUUAGCAAUAUCUUGAAGACAUUCAUAGUUUCUGGUCCCAGCAACUUGAAAAAGAUAGAUAUUCAAAUGAACCGGUUUCUGGAAUUGUCGCAUUCACGCCUACAGCUCCCUUCCAGUCUUUGUGAAUUGGACAUGAGUGCUUGCAAGAUAUUUUCAGUGAGUGAAGGGUUUACCUUUCCAGACAACAUUUGUGUCCUCUCGCUACGAAAUAACAGUAUUCUUAAUUUGGACAGUAUCUUGUCGAAAUUGCCACUCCGCAUAGUUUAUCUAGACGUCAGUACACAAUUUAGAAUUUUCAAUCCAAGAAAAAACGAAAAGAGAACCACUGUGAAGAGCAAGACACUUUGGAAUGUGGAUCUAGAUGGUGCCCUCCUUGGGCUCUCCAUCAACUGGGCGGAUUGUCCCAACUUACAAUACAUUAGUAUGAGUGAAAACUACUUGGGAGACAUCGACUUGAAGGAUUUUCCGCUGUCUCUCAAGGGCAUCAAGCUUUCCUAUACUACAAUUAAUAAACUCGAAGGUGACUUUGAGAACUUGACCAAUUUGAUUGAAGUUGACUUGACCAAUUGCGAGGGGCACCUAGGCAAAGAUAUCGAAAACAACACUAAGAAGUUUGGCCCCAUGGUGUUGGUAAGUCCUACGCGUUAG